CACUGGAAAGAUGUAAGUGGUGGGGAGAUUUUUCAUUCAGGCAAGAGAUGAUGAUGGACAUGGAGAAAUAGAUUCAACAGGUAUUUAGGAGGUAAAACAGGGCCUGUAGCAGGCAGACAAGAGUGGACAAGUGAGGGUAUAGAACAUGGGUCCCUUUCUGGUUUGACCAAAUGGGUAGAGGAUGUGCCACGUACCGAACAGGAUGGAAGGGGAUAAGAGAACACCCGCGUUGGGACUACGAACUCAGUUUUGAAUACUUGAGCUCUACAAAUGAAAAUUUCAACGUCAAAGGAUGUAUAGGUUGAGCCACCAAGAAGUGGAUUCAGGAUUGGGAGCUUGACUGCACCUGGUUGCAAAUCCACUGCUCUUGACCCUCAAGGCACUAAAAAUCCGCAUCUCUGAAGAGUUUAGAGUCUGCUGUAAAGUAUGAAGUCUACCAGAGGUGAACAAAAGGGUAAGAGGCUGGAGACUGAAGGAAAGAUCCCAUUAAUCCCUCAGCAGGAACCGUGGAUGGCUUCCCAGCAUGGAAUUCAUCUUUCCAGAACAAGAUGAUGCAGAGGUGACAUCACAAAGGGAGGGGGAGUCUUGUCAUCUCGUACAGGACGUUCAGCCCGCUCUGCACUCUCCUCUUGUUCUAACACCUCUCUUGGCCUUAACAUCCUGUUGAUCCCGAAGAGGAGGUGGGGCUCCCAAGGAAGCAGUAGCGAAAUAGCCCUAGCUGCCAGCAUGUGACUACGGAUUCCUGGACAUUAAAGGGUCAACGGCGGAGCGUGGGCUGAGAGUCCCUGGAGACAACCUGUGUGCUUGGGUAGAGUGCAAUCCAGUAGUGAGAGAGAAGGAAGUAAACGUGCUGGGUCCUCUCUCUUUCUGAGAGUGUUUCUUGUGUCCCUCCACUCCUUUCCUCCAGAGCCAGCCCAAGACCCAACACAGACAGCAGGACAGCCCUCCGCUGCCCAGGGAGUGUCUUCUCUCCUCAGAGCACAGAGUCCCGGACCUCUCCAGGACAACACUCAGACAGAGAAGGCUCCAGGGGCCACGACGAUGCCUGUCCUUUCCUCCCUACACUGCCCAACUCUGCCAUCCCUGCUGCUGACUCUGCUUCUGGGAUUCACAGGAACUGCAGGUGAAGAGUUCCAGGUGAACCAGCCUGAGAGUUCAGUGUCAGUCAGAGCUGGAGACAUCUUAACACUGGCCUGCAACGUGUCUGCUCACUCCCCAGCAGGGCCUGUCUUGUGGUUCAGGAAGAAUGGGCCAGAACAACAAUUAAUCUACAGUUUCAAUGGCAGCCACUUCCCCCGAGUAAACCAAGUGGAAAACACAGAGGUCAAUCAAACAGACUAUUCCAUCCGCAUCAGUGAUGUGUCACCCAAGGACACGGGCACCUAUUACUGUGUGAAGUUAACAAUAGGGCAUCCUGACAUGGCGUAUGUAUCUGGUUCAGGCACCUAUGUGUCUGUGAAUGGAGCCUCACAUGAGCUAUUCCAGGUGCAACAAGCUGAGAUGACACAGACUGUAUCGACCGGAGACACAGUCACCUUGAGUUGCAGGGUACCAGAUUCGUUCCCCAAAGGACCUGUCUUAUGGUUCAAGGGAACUGGGCCACACCGGGAAUUAAUCUACAAUUUCAAAGGAGGCAUCUUUCCCAGAGUAAAAGAGAUUGGACGCACCACCAAAGCUGGCAACACAGACUUUUCCAUCCACAUCAGUGAAAUCUCUCUUGCAGACACCGGCACCUACUACUGCGUGAAGUUCAAGGAGGGGCAACCUGACCUGGAGUUCCAGUCAGGUCCAGGCACUGAGGUGUUUGUGACUAGAACAAGCAGUCAUAUUGCCCCAGGUGCUCCUGAGAGACAUCUUAUGACCAUGAGGGGAACCAAGUUGAGGAAAAAUCUGCUCUAGAGAAGUGCAAAGAUAUAAAGAAUGUGGGUUGACGACAUUGCACCGCCAUAUUGUUCCUGGUUCCAACCCCACUUCUGGACCUCCAGUUAUGGGAGAGAAAACAUCUCCUUGUUAAGCCAGUUUGCUGAAAGUUGGCACUGUCCUAAGGGAUGCCAGGUGAUAAAGUUCCCACGUCCACGGAGCACUAAAGUACGAUUUCAAAUCAUGG